CCCCGCAGCGCUCAGUACCGGGUUCGCGGGGCCACUCGUCAGCGCCUCGGCCUCCGGCGCUCGGCCGCGGCCCUCGGGGAGCGUCCCAGCCUGUGGGCUCGCGGCUGCGGGCGUGAGGGCAGGGAGUCUGAGGGACGCAUCAGGACGCGGGCACCCUGGUGCCCGGAGAGGACCGGUGCGCCGCGAGGGUGGGCCUUGCGGUGUCCAUUGAAGAGCCGACCUCUUUAACUUCUGUCAAGUUGUUGGCCGCUGGUCCAGCUACCACAACAUGCACAUCUUUUGUCUUUGAAGUUCAAUAACCUGUGUAGCCACUUUGACAUAUGAUACUCUCCGGUUUGCUGAAUUUGAAGAUUUCCCUGAGACCUCAGAGCCUGUUUGGAUUCUGGGCAGAAAAUACAGCAUUUUCACAGAGAAGGACGAAAUCUUGUCUGAUGUUGCAUCCAGACUUUGGUUUACAUACAGGAGAAACUUUCCAGCUAUUGGGGGAACUGGCCCUACUUCAGACACAGGCUGGGGUUGCAUGCUUCGGUGUGGACAGAUGAUCUUUGCCCAGGCCCUGGUAUGCCGGCACUUAGGUCGAGAUUGGAGGUGGACUCAGCGGAAGAGGCAGCCUGACAGCUACUUUAAUGUCCUCAAUGCUUUCCUCGACAGGAAGGACAGCUACUAUUCCAUCCAUCAGAUAGCGCAAAUGGGAGUUGGCGAAGGCAAGUCUAUAGGCCAGUGGUACGGGCCGAACACUGUUGCCCAGGUCCUCAAGUACGUAAUGAGCCCAGCCCUUCUGCUUCUUGGGGUCAGCAUGAGUUCUCCUUGGCAUUUACCCUCCUUGAGUACUUAUUGGCACAGGAACUAAGGAAACUUGCUGUAUUCGACACAUGGAGUUCCUUGGCUGUUCACAUAGCAAUGGACAACACUGUGGUGAUGGAGGAAAUCAGAAGGUUAUGCAGGGCCAACCUUCCCUGUGUUGGGGCGGCUGCACUUCCUACUGAUUCAGAGAGGCACUGUAAUGGGUUCCCUGCUGGAGCUGAAGUCACCAACAGGCCAUCGGCUUGGAGACCACUAGUGCUUCUCAUCCCUCUCCGCCUGGGACUGACAGACAUCAAUGAGGCCUAUGUGGAGACGCUGAAGCACUGUUUCAUGAUGCCCCAGUCCCUGGGUGUUAUUGGAGGGAAGCCCAACAGUGCCCACUACUUUAUUGGCUAUGUUGGGGAGGAGCUCAUCUAUCUGGACCCCCACACUACACAGCCUGCAGUGGAGCUGACUGACAGCUGCUUCAUCCCCGACGAGAGCUUCCACUGCCAGCACCCUCCCUCUAGGAUGGGCAUUGGAGAGCUUGACCCGUCCAUUGCUGUGGGGUUUUUCUGUAAGACGGAGGAAGACUUUAACGACUGGUGUCAGCAAGUCAAAAAGCUAUCCCAGCUUGGAGGUGCCCUGCCCAUGUUUGAGCUGGUGGAACAGCAGCCUUCCCAUCUGGCCUGCCAGGAUGUCCUGAACCUGUCCCUAGACUCUUCUGAUGUAGAGAGACUGGAGAGGUUUUUUGACUCUGAGGAUGAAGACUUUGAAAUCUUAUCCCUCUGAAAAUCCUGGGGUUGGGGGAUGGCCUCCAUGGCCCUCAUUGGGGUGCUUUGAGAACCCAGACCUGCCUUGGGCACUCAGUGUCACCGCAUUCCAUCCACCCAGCCCAUCCCUGCCAAGUGCUGUUCACCUGUGCCACCUCUGUCCCGAGGGCCUGCUCUGCUCAUGGACCAAGGACUAUGGUGCCUGGAGGCCUUAAUGCUUGGAGUCAGACUGCCUAAACCCCAACACAAAGGGCCUGUCCACAUGAAGUCGCUCAUCAGAAGGCCUAGUCAGGAAGAGCAGUGGGUCAGGAGCUUCCAGAAUUCUCCACUGGAUUCUGACACUGCCAGCCCUGGUCAGCACAUCAGCUUUGGUUCUGCUUUCUCCUGGGCACCUGGGUCUGUGGUUUAUUUGGAAUUAAAGCCCUGUUUGAAGUUGUUUAACAAAGACAUGAAUUUCUGGGGCACUUCCCAGGUCAGUCUUAGACGAUCUGCAGGUUAUGUACAGAGUGACAGCCACAUCAUGGCCUCAUACUGCUGGGCGGGGUGAGCUUUGGGCUGUCUCCUCUGCCCAGUGUGAUUUAUCAAGGGCUACCUCAGUGGGAAAGCAUAUGGAGAGAAUCCCAAGGCUGCUACUUGCUUUGGAGAGAAAGUAUUCUUGUGGGGCAUUUGGAAAAUCCAAAGAUAUCAGUGUGCAUGGGCACAGGAUGGACCCCUGAACCCUGGAGCAACUGACAAGCUCCUAGGGCUUCUGGAGUUGUGGUCCUGGGAUUCCCCAUUAGGACCUCGCUAGGGAAGAGAGAGGUUUCCUCUGUGGGGUUGAUGCGUUUCAUGACACACCGCCUGCUGCUUUUAGCGUGCCACCCAGCUUCCCUCUGGGAGGAAAGGGAAGGGAGCAGAGCUGCUCUAUGCUUGAGACACCGUGCCCACUGGUGGUAGGGUACACACUGCUACUUGAGCCUUCCUCCAUGUUCUUUCUCUUCUCAGAAACCCAUCUGGGUCACAGGAAAUUGUAGAUGGUUUGGGGCCAAAAAGGUAAAAGUACUACAGCUUUUUGGUGCACAAUAGACAUUUAGACAGCAGGUAGCUCCAGGCACUCACAAGUGAAGAGUUCAGACCUCCUUGGCACUCAUUUCCAUACCUGCCACCUAACCCUGGCUUUCUGGGCCUUCAAGCUUUUGAUGCUCUAGGUCUGCUGUCUUAGAAAAACACCUUUCCUCCCCCUAGAUAUGAGCAGAGUAUGGCAGUGUGGGGAGGACCGUUCAAGAGCCUUUGCUAAAAGCCCUUCCCAAGAACUCGCAGAUGGGUGAGGCCAGAGCUACUCCAGAUGCAGCAGCUCUAAGUAGCCCACAAGGUAGCAAGAGAUCCCUGCCUAUCAAGUGUUGAAGACAUAUUUAUUUCAUCUUACUCUUUCUCUCCCAUAUCUUGUCCCUUGACUUCAGAUGGGGUGGGACGGGGGGGGGGGAAAGGCCAGGACAGUUUCCAUUCCCCCGGAGCUUGUUUCCUGAGGCCAGGAGCUAUUGUGCUGCUGUCGCCCAGGGUCUCGCUGUAACUCCUGUUGUUGGUAGUAAGGGGUGGACAUAUGGAACACUACAACCUGAGGGAACUCUCAGGGCUUGAGAAAGGCUUCCUGAGGUUGUUCAUUCUUAGUGUAGUUUGCAAUUCUUAAUGAUAAAUAAGUUUCAGUAGAAAACAAA